AUGGCUUACAACAUCAUGACCCAACAAUCUUGCUCAGACCUGGUGAACCAUCAUGAGCAAGAACCCUUCUACGAAGUGAAGAAAGGCACAUCCUCCUCCUCCUCCAACAGCUCCGGAAGUAACGAGUUCCCAACAAAGCCAUAUCAUGCCCCGUACGUUACAAGUUACAACCACCCACACAUAACUAUACACACCCACUACCCCACAAUCGACCACAAACACGAUACAACCACUCUCACAAACAACCACUCUCACACAACCACUCCCACACAACCACUCCCACACAACCACUCCCUUACAACCACUCCCACACAACCACUCUCACACGUCCCCGCCCUCCUUCAUAUCGAACCCAACACCACCACCACCAACACCAGUCGCUACCAUGAUACCCCAUUUUCGAUUUUAAACCGGUUUCCCUCCCCCAAACAAUCUCAUUAUCCGGCGUAG